AUGUGGAAUCCCGAGUCGGGCUUUCAGUUGAUAACAUUAGAUCAGGAUUAUUUCUUGGCAAAAUUUGAUGCUCUGUCCGACUAUGAGACAGCUAAAUUUGGGGGUCCGUGGAUGGUCUUGGACCAUUACUUGAUAGCUCAAGAAUGGAGACCCAAUUUUAAUCCAAGAAAGAACAAAACUGAUUCAAUCUUGGCAUGGGUAAGAUUUCCGUCCUUGCCGAUAGAAUACUUUGAUGAUGAUUUCAUAAAGAAGAUUGGGAAAGUGAUCGGUCGUCCUGUAAAGAUUGACUAUGCGACAAACCUAGUCUCAAAAGGAAAAUUUGCAAGGGCUUGUAUUGAACUGGACAUUACUAAACCUCUUUUAUCUAGGUUCGUCUUGAACUCAGAGGAAUGGCCAAUUGAAUAUCAAGGCAUCCAUCAAAUCUGCUUCAAAUGUGGAAUCUAUGGCCACCGAAUUGAGAUGUGUGGCAAAGAUCAAACUGGGACGACAAUCAAUGGAACACCCUCUGGAACUGCUGAAGCUCAACCAGGUUUGGAAAGACCUAUUCAGAAACCUAAGGAGAAAUAUGGGGCUUGGAUGUUGGUUACCAGAAACAACAGAAGAAACCAGCAAAAGUCGCAGAACCAAUCCAACGCAAAUACAGGGAGAGGCAGGCAGAAUGUUGUUCAGCCCAAUGGGGAAUCAUUACAGGAAAACGUAGCAACUCAUUCCCAGUUUGGAGCCUUGUAUGAUCUCGAGGAUCCAGCAGGUGCGCAGAAUCAGCAAGAGCGAGCCAUUCUAUCUCCUCCUCAACAGCCUAACCUCCCAAGAAUAAGAACUAACUAUCGGGGGACGAGACAGAACGUAGUCCUUAAUGAGGUGGUCGAACCUGGCCCUGGAAGACAACCACCACCCCCCAGACAGCCUCCACCGUCUGGGCGUGGGGCCUAUAGAGAUCGAGGGGGGAGAGGCUUUUAA